UGUUCAAUAAAGUUCAUUUAAAAAAAAGAAAACACUGCGGUGUGACGUAGUCAAAACGCGACACAGUCCUCAGAGGAGGGCACGUGUGUUUUCUGGACUCGGAGCCGCUGAAAUCCGGUUUUGUGUCCCGUCUUCGGUCCCGUUAGACCCGGUGUGAUGGGGGACACGAGCCGGCUGUGCUCCGUGUGGCUGGGCUCGGAGACCGGCAUCCUGAAGGGGGUCAGUCUGUCCCGGAAACAGGCCUUCAACUUCUGCAACACGAGCCACCUGAGCCGGGACCAGGAGGUCCGCGCGCUGUGCUGGGGCGACCCGGCGGAGAGCGAGCUGCUGGUCGGCUCCGUGGACGGAACCGUGAAGACCUUCAGCACCGAGAAAGGCGUCUUCACCGAGACCCGGCGCUGCGGAGACCCGGCGGAGGGCUGCUUCACCGGGCUGGCGGCGCUCAGCGGCUCCGCGCUGGUCACAUGCGUGGAGUGCGGGACGGUGCGCGUGUGGAGGGAGGACAGCAGCGAGCCCGUGACGGAGCUGAACGCGGGGAAGAACGUGUGCAGGAUGCGGCAGAGCCCGGUGCACCCGCACAGAGUCGCGACCGGCGGGAAGGAGAACGGGCUGAAGAUCUGGGACCUGGAGAACCCCGAGAAACCCGUGUUCACCGCGAAGAACCUGCGGGACGACUGGCUGGAUCUACGGCGGCCGCACUGGGUCAGAGACAUGGCCUUCAUCCCGGACUCGGACAAAGUGGUCGCGUGCACAGGUUACCAUCAGGUCCACGUGUUCGAUCCCUCCUGCCCUCAGCGGCGUCCCGUGCUGGAGGCUGAGUACGGCGAGCACCCGCUCACCGCUCUGUCCCUGCCCGCCGGCGGUAACACGGUGGUGGUGGGGAACACCCAGGGCCAGAUCGCCCUGCUGGACCUGAGGAAAGGUUUGGUGCGUGGCUGUCUGAAGGGGCUGGCGGGGGGCGUGCGGGGGCUGCAGUGUCACCCCUCCCAGCCCGUGGUCGCAUCAUGUGGCCUGGACCGCUUCCUCCGAAUCCACAGCCUGGAGGACCGCAAACUGCAGCACAAGGUCUACCUCAAGUCCCGCCUCAACUGCCUGCUGCUCGCCAGCCGAGACCUGGAGGAUGGAGGCGGGGCGGCGGCGGGGUCUCAGGAGGUGAAGGAGGAAGACGAGGAUGACGAGGUGUGGGAGAGCAUGGAACGGGUGGAGGAGAGGCCGAAGAGAAAAACAACAACAGAGGAGGAGGAGGAAGAGGAGGAGGAAGAGCCGCAGAAAAAGAGCAAGAAGAAGAAGAGAAAGAAAGGACAAGACUGAGGGGCGUUUGUGGCCUCAUCAGAGUGUGGGACAUUUGACUUCUGUCAUUCAGACUGAAACACGUGAAAGAUAAAACCUGUUUAUCUUUCCAGGACAGGACGUUUUGUUUGUGAAUCUGUAUCUACAAAUGUAUUUUGUAAUAUUUACUCAGCAGUCUGAAAUCUUUAUUAAAAUAACAGCUUGUUUGAUUCAUUUUAAUGACAGACUCUGCUUUUCUUUUUAAGAAUCAGAUCACCUUUUCUCACCUGAAUGUUUCAGUAAACGAUGGCAGCACUUUAAAGACAGUAACUAAUGAGCUGCUGCUGCUAAAUGUGGGGAAAUAAGUGUAAAACAGAGAUCUGCAGUCCCACAGGCCAAACUCCAUUCAGAAAGUGUUCAUUUUAAAGUUUACUUGUACGUCUGCAAAUGUGCAGCCAGUCUGAACAGUUUUCAUCCAUUGAGUUACAAUCUUCAAAAUUUCCUCUACAAUUCUGUAUACGUCCAAUAUGUCGUUAUUAAAGGGACAUUCUGUAAAACAAACGUCAAGAGAAGGUUUACCCACCAUCUAAAUAAAAAACCUGCUGUAGUCUCAACAUUAA